ACGGCGCAUCUAGUCCUGCCUUAUCAGAUAGAAGUAGAUUUCCUACGUUAUUUAGAACGCAUCCAUCUGCCACUGUACAUAAUCCAACUAGGAUUAAAUUAAUGCAGAAAUUUGGAUGGUCGCGAGUUGCGAUUCUCCAACAAGCCGAAGAAGUGUUCAUAUCGACCGUCGAGGAUUUAGAAACUCGAUGUAAGGAUGCUGGUAUCGAGAUAGUGACGAGACAAUCAUUCCUUUCCGAUCCAACCGAUGCGGUACGAAAUCUGCGAAGACAAGAUGCUCGUAUCAUCGUCGGACUAUUCUACGUAGUCGCAGCCAGGCGAGUACUUUGCGAAAUGUACAAACAGCAGCUUUACGGCAGGGCGUACGUGUGGUUUUUUAUUGGAUGGUACGAAGAUAACUGGUACGAAGUAAAUCUCAGGAACGAAAACAUCUCUUGUACCAAAGAACAGAUGAGGAUGGCAGCCCAGGGUCAUCUGACAACAGAGGCACUCAUGUGGAAUCAAAACAAUCAGAAAACCAUCUCAGGAAUGUCAUCCGAAGACUUUCGAAAACGCUUGAACGAUGCGCUAAUUGAAGAAGGUUAUGAUAUCAAUCAUAAUCGCUACCCCGAAGGAUACCAAGAAGCACCACUGGCGUACGAUGCUGUGUGGAGUGUGGCCUUAGCAUUCAACAAGACAAUGCGUAAACUCAAGGGAAAGAACUUAAAAGAUUUUACCUACACUGAUAAAGAAAUUGCAAACACUAUAUAUGCUGCUAUGAACUCGACGCAAUUUCUUGGCGUAUCGGGAUGGGUGGCAUUCAGCUCUCAAGGUGAUCGUAUAGCUUUAACACAAAUUGAACAGAUGAUUGACGGGAAGUACUUCAAAUUAGGAUAUUAUGACACACAAGCCGACAAUCUCACAUGGUUCAUCACGGAAAAGUGGGACGGUGGAAAGGUGAGUAUCGUACCUCAAGACAGGACAAUCGUGCGCAGGGUAUUGAGGACUGUUUCGUUACCUCUAUUUAUCUGUAUGAGCACCGUCUCAAGCUGUGGCAUUCUAGUGGCGUUAGCACUCAUCAUGUUCAACAUAUGGCACCGGCACCGGAGAGUCAUCCAGACGUCACACCCCGUAUGCAACACGAUAAUGCUGUGUGGGGUCAUCAUCUGUCUAGUCUCGGUGAUACUACUCGGAAUUGAUGGACAGUUUAUUACUGCGGAAAAUUACCCCAAGAUUUGUCAGGCGAGAACCUGGAUUCUGUCACUGGGCUUCACGUUGGCUUACGGAGCAAUGUUCAGCAAAGUGUGGCGUGUCCACAGAUUUACAACGAAAACAAAAACCGAUCCAAAAAAAAAAGUGGAACCGUGGAAACUCUACACCAUGGUUACGGGCUUACUGACAGUGGACCUGGUAAUACUGCUUACGUGGCAAAUUCAGGACCCUCUGCAGCGGCGCUUGGAAACAUUUCCCCUGGAGGAUCCCAUCUCUAGCAAUGAUGACGUGAAAAUACGGCCGGAGCUCGAACAUUGCGAAAGUCAUAACAACUCGGUGUGGCUAGGUGUAAUUUACGGCUUCAAAGGAUUGAUACUUGUGUUUGGUCUGUUUCUUGCCUAUGAAACGCGAUCACUCAAAGUGAAACAGAUCAACGAUUCACGAUACGUCGGAAUGAGCAUCUACAAUGUUGUUGUUCUAUGUUUAAUAACAGCCCCAGUAGCGAUGGUGAUCGCAUCUCAACAGGAUGCUUCCUUUGCAUUUGUUGCACUGGCAGUAAUCUUCUGCUGUUUUCUCAGCAUGUUACUUAUAUUUGUACCAAAGGUAAUAGAAGUGUUAAGGCACCCGACAGAUAAGGUAGAAUCGAAAUUCAGCAACGAAACUGGUAUUUCUAAAGAAGAAGAAGAACGAUACCAGACACUUGUUACGGAGAAUGAUGAUCUCCAAAAAUUAAUUGCUCAAAAAGAAGAAAAAAUUCGAAUACUGAAACAACGACUAACUGAGAAAGAAUCGGUAGUGAAAAGUGGCCAUAUACAGAUAAGUGAAGCGCGCACCGGAAAUACUCAACUCGUAAAAAAUCAACUGACUGUGGCGACUGGAGUAACGCAAGAUCUCCGCGAUGAACGGAUAUGAAAAUUAAGUCAAUUCUCAGCCACGUGAUAGUUACUAGUAAGACUAAAGCACUUUUUAAGAACAAAUUCAUCGAACGAUCACAGUGGAUGCCAACUAACGGAUUCUAAUAAUUCAAAUGUUUGACAUACCGUAUGCUAGAGUAGAAAAUAGCUUUUAAGGUAUCAUUCAUCGGAUUGUUGUACAUCUUUUUCGUCCUGUUUUUUCUACGAAAUGUUGAAGUUUUGUACAAUCGUAUUACAGCGUAUUUGAAAAUGGUCUGAAAAUGGUCUGAAAAAUGUUAGUAAAAUAAACAAACCACAUUGACAGAAAAUAAAUGAUGUUUGUUUCUGGAGACAUUUAGAUGAUCUUUUGUAAAUAGAAAUUUUAAAAACAAUGUUUGACAAAUUGCAAAUGAAAUGGAAUCGUUUCAUAAAAUUUCUUCCAAAAAUGGAAGAACAAAUUUGUAUAGAAGUUAUUAAAAUUGUUUUAUACUUGUAAGCAGAAUCGGCAGUACCACAAUGAAUUAAUUCAGGCUUGUGAGAGUUUAUAGGACAAAUUUAAGAAUAGUAGGUAACAAUAUAGAUAGAAGGAAAUUUAGAAACAAAAAGUAUCAGAGAAAGUUGCGUAGAAUUAUGACAAGGAAUUUAUUAAAUAAGUGGCACUAACCGGCAAGUCAGUGUAAAUAAAUUAAGCAGAACAAAUGAAAAAAGUGGCAAACGAAAACAAUCAAUAUGUUUGAACGUGAAAUAGUCCAACGAACUUUAACUAUAACCAUCACUCGGGAGUUUUUUAAUGACCCAGAUGAUAACGAUGUGGUGGCGCCAUGUCAUAUUUUGCUCCCAAUAAAUUUUCAACGAAAAGGUCAAUUUGAAACACUGGCACCCACCAUCCCCCAUGCACGGCUGACAUGUACACACACACACCCACACACACAACCUGAUUGUAUGUUGGUAGCGUUUUCAACUACAAUGGACCGGAAAAGUUUGUAGGGUGCGGAAAUUUAUCAUUACACAAAGUAUCAUCUGAUAAAAAAAAAACGCUAUUCGCAAAACAGUCCCAUGUAAAUAGGAAUUCCAUAGGGACUGCUAUGUGGACCGUGGUAAAGCAGGGUUAAAGAAAAUUAGAGGAAAUAGGCCAGUAAAAUGUUUUCAAUGAACCGUUUUACCCAUCAUCGGCCCUGCAAUUAUUCACUACCGGACAUAACAUCUCGAUUUGUAUAUCUCUACAAAAAAUGUUCAAAGAGCUGUAACUUUUUAGAAUUUUCAUUUAAUUUUCAGAAAUUUUACAAGCGUCACUAGUUACAGGUAGUGAAAAAAUUCUGCGCUAAUCUUGACCCAGCUGCAAUUCCUGUUCAGUUUAUAAAAUGGACACCAAAUAUAAUCUAAAAUGUUUGCAGCUUUUUAAGUUAUAUCGAUAUUGUUUAUUCGGGAUAUGUAUAUAUUGUGGACCAAACAAAAUUAUGCAUUGCUUAAUCUAAUGAUAGUCAAACUCAGGGUUGACAUGCUAAUUUGUUUACACAAAUUUCACUUUUCCUAAUAACUUUUCACUCAGUUGAUGAAACUUGCUUAAGGCAAAAAUCAUAUAGUGGGAUAAGAGAUCACUUUAGACACGAAUAGAGUAGUUGAAUCACAACAUUUGUAUUAACAUCAAUGUGUUUAUUCAUUAAAAGUUGAAAUGAGCAGCGUUUACGACGCACAAAUGCGUAAAUCUUUUCGCCUAAAUACAAAUCAACCGUGUGUUAAGUACCUAUAGGAAACUCGAACGCUUUUCUAUCAGUUGCUCCAAGAAAAACCAUGUUUCGUCAAGUGAAUGUAGAGCUAUUAACAAAUGAGAAGUUUUUGCAAAAAACCAACCCUCUCAUACGGAUCCAUAAUCCGGAAUAUCCGGAAUUGAUUCUGCGAUGGGCAUUUGGCUCUGUGUUUGUCGUUUUGCAUGCCAUUUAUCAUAUUUCUUCGAGUAGAUGUGAUUUGAUAUGUCGCUUGAUAUGGUUAUGAUAUAUAAUAAUGUUGACCAUAUGGAUAGGGUUACCAUAUGGUAUCCUCCUUUUUCAAUAAUGUUUCUAUAUCCUCCCUUUGCCCGAAAAUGGCCUCCUUUUUAAUCCUUGCAUUUUUUCCAGUAACAUAUUCAUAAAAAUGUUUUCAAAGAGCGUUGUUUGCAGAGCUUAUUUGUUUAAUUAUGUCUCAAUCCCAUCUUAUCUAGCAAAUGCCAUUCGAUGGUGGGACUACUAGUUUACUGCAGAUGUCAACCUCCCUACAUUUAGGCUGCGAUCCAUUUGGGGAACUUUAACUUAUAUUUAACAGAUGGAACAUUUUCAAAUAAACCUGCUAUUCUACCAGACUUAUUGCAGGCAAACCAGGAAUCAAUUUUGACAAACACCUCGAA